GGUUUUUCAGUAAAAUCUUGGCCUUUAAAUUGUCUUCGGAAGUUUUGCAAAUGAUAAGUACGGUACUGUAUAUAUUUUCUUUUUAAUAUCCAGAUGGUUCAUUUAACAUACAUAUACCCCUUAUUUAACGAAAACAGGGAACAAAAUAUGUUUCAGAAUAUUUGCUAAUUUCUUAUCGGGAUCACCAUAGGGCUCUUUUUCGGUCGGCAAGCUAGUGCAGAAUUAGUACAAUAUAAGCUCUCGACUUGAAACGUUGAAAAUAUUUUGAAAAUGCCGAAGCUAGCUGAGUUCUUUUUGUUGUCCGCAGCAAUGGUUUGCAAUGGUUUGGUCCUGGUAGGAUCCCAAGGACAUCCGUCUUCAGUUUGUGUCCUUACAGACGCUCCGACUCAGUGCGGGGCCUUUUGCCUAGCCGCGCUUAAUCCUAUAAUUGAUGACCUAGCUGAUCUCCGGAACCAGUUUACAACUAUGGCAGUCGUUCAAAAAGAAUCUCAGGAGGUGUGGGACAGAAAGCAACAAGAAACCAAAUCAAUGAUGGACGAAAUGCUGAAAGAAACAAGAGCCAUGUUAAACAGCAUCAAAGAGAACACAAAGGACAGACAGCAAGACAUUAACUCUAAGUUAACCAAUAUUGAAACACAACUACAACAAAAACUCAAGGGCGAUGGUCAACAACCACCCAUACAGGAUACACAAAUUGUGCACCAAACAAAUCCUAGGACAGAUGUAAGGCCGAUCGGAGCGAAAAAGUGGGAAAUCGUUUUAACUAUAAAAACAUGGAUUGAUGCUGAAGCUCAUUGCCGUAGUUUGGGCGGCCACUUGGCGGACUUCCAAAACAAAGAAGAAGUGGAAAAUCUUAAAAGGAAAAUAGCUAUUCAUCUUUUGGUUUCUUUCACAUUUUGGGUGGGCAUUAACGAUCGGGAAAAGGAGAACGAGUUUGUAUCAGUGGCCUCCGGCAAGAAAGCACCAUUUUUGGAUUGGUCCGAUGGAGAACCUAACAAUAAUAACGGCGAAGACUGCGUUGAGAUUUCUAGUGGCCAAAUGAACGAUAACAACUGCAACAAACAAUUUUUUUUUAUUUGUCAGUAUUACGAUAAUAAUUAAUAAAAUGCUGUAUUAAUCUUAGUUUUACUUUAAUUAUUUGUAUUGCUUUAUUACUUUUUGGUCUUGCCCCUUCUCAACUUAUAGCUUUUUCUAUCCACUUUAAAAAAGAAAAUUCGAAAACUCCAGAGAACGACUUUCAGAUAAUUGAAUUUUAUUUCGAUUUCGCACAAAUUUAAAAAUACUCAAAAUUGCUCAUAUUUUUUUAAAGAAAAGAAUAAGCAUCGUGAUUAGACCCUCUGGGGACAACAUCUAAAUACUUAAUCGUUUCUUAUUGAAAACAAAACAAGUGAAUACAAGGAAAAUUAGAUCAAAAUGAAUUCCAAUAAAAUGUAUUUAUUUAUUUCCUUAGCCGAUUUUACAUCUGUUCAAAUGAACAACAAUAUCUUUAUCAAGUGUUUCGUCUAAACAGGUUGGGCGACAUAAUUUGCAUAUCGUUCUCUCCUC